GGCCGCGCCCGCCGACGUGGAGACGUAUAGUUCCGAACGCCACCGCCGCCGACCGCAGUUCUCGUCCUCAUUCCGCCGCAGUCGCAGUGAGCAGCGUUACUCUCGUUGACCACCGCAGCGCCACCGCAGCCGCCAUGUCGAUCGAACUCGAGACCCCUGAUAAGCUGGAGUACCAGUUCCACCCGGUGACCUCCGGCUCGCUCAACUUCAAAAUCAAAGCGCCCAAUGAUGCGCACGUCGCCCUCACCGCUGGACCUGAGGAGGCAGACCCCAUGUACGAGGUGUUCAUCGGCGGCUGGGGCAACACCAAGUCGGUGAUCCGGCGCGACCGCACCAAGCCCGACAAGGCGGAGGCCGAGACGCCCGACAUCCUGUCCGGCGACGAGUUCCGCGGCUUCUGGCUGCGCUGGAACGGCGGCCUCAUCGAGGUGGGCAAGGAGGGCGAGGCCGCGCCCUUCCUGUCGUGGCAGGACCCCGAGCCGGCCCCCGUCGGCCACUACGGCGUGUGCACCGGCUGGGGCGCCAGUGGCGCCUGGGUGCUGGACGGUGGCCACGAGGUGCAGACGGCCGACAAGCUGGAGUACCAGUUCCGGCCGGUGCCCGUGGGCGCCCUGGAGGUGUUCGUGCGCACCCCGUCCAACGCGCACAUCGCGCUCACCAAGGGCCCCCAGGAGACGGAGCCCAUGUACGAAAUCAUCCUGGGCGGGUGGGAGAACUCUGCCUCGGUCAUCCGCUACAACCGCGAGAAGCCCGAUAAGAGUGCGUGCGUGCGUGUUGCAGCGGGCGCGCCCGGGUUCAGCGUGCCGUCGGCGCCGCCCGCCGGCAGCACGCCCACGUGGGUGGACGCGCGCGCGGGCGAGGUGCCGCCCGAGGCGGUGCCCGGCGGCUUCGACGGGGAGCAGCUGUACGUGGGGCGCGCGCAGCACGAGGGCGCGCUCAUCCCGGGCAAGGUGGUGCCGUCGCACGGCGUGUGCUACGUGGCCUGGGGCGGCGCCGAGCACGGCAAGGAGGAGUACCAGGUGCUGUGCGGCUGCGACGUGACGUGGGUGCCGUCCGCCGGCGGCGAGAUCCCGUCCAACGCGCUGCCCUCCGGCGAGACGGAGGACGGAGAGCCGCUGUUCACAGGGCGCGCCCAGCACGAGGGCACAGUCACCGUCGGAAAGGUGCAGGCCAGCCACAAUGUCUGCUACAUUCCUUAUGGAGGUCAGGAGUUGGGCUACCCUGACUACGAAGUUUUGGUUCCCAAGUAGGGUGUUUCUCUCUAUAUACUUCCUGAAAAGGCUAUGAAAACAGCUUUGUAGCUUAUUGUUGGAGUAUAGGUCUAAAAAUGUCAUUUUAGAAAUGUUUAAAAAUGUUGCCAGUACGAUGCACUGAGAAGCAAGCUUCCAUGACUGAGAAUUUGUGUUACUAGACUGAUUGCUUUAAAUCUAUUACUUGUAUGUAAUGGAGGACAUGGCCUUCAGUAGAUUUUCCUUCAAUUUUGGAACUUCAAAUAGUGCACCCUACUUAGUAUAGACCAUAUCUACUUCGUGUAUUUACUAAUGUCUAUUACUUUGUGUCAUUUCUGAAUUGUGAAUCUCCCUUUUGAAGGUGAGUGAUAAGCUAUGCUUUGGUAAAUGCUAUAAAUGUUGUUGAAUUAAAAAAUAUAUUUUUGAUUUACAUAUUACCAGAGCCCAAAAUAUAUUUUUGGAUCAGAUGAUUUGAAGCUGUAUGAAGUAGUCUGUAUUCACUUCGCAAACAGUAUAUUAAACACAAUUUAAUAGGUUGCCUCAUUGUAUGGCUUGUUUAUACAAUACUCCACUCAUUAUAAUAUUGGCUUACUUGUGAAGUAAUAAAAUAUCAUUUAUUAAA